AUGGAGGAAAGAUUUGGGAUGUUAGAGGAAAGCACGAGGUUAGUCAUACAAAAUUUGAAUCAGUUAAGGAUUGAUCAUCAGCAAGAUAGAACACAAAACCCUAAUUUGCGACCCUACGAGGAUAGAACUAUUAAGAUUGAUAUACCUGAAUUUGACGGCCAAUCUUAUGACCCAGAAAGGUACCUAGAAUGGGAGGAUAGAAUGGAUAACUAUUUUGAAUUCAAGAAUACACCCCCAGACCAACAAUACAAGCUAGCCAAGAUCAAAUUGACGAAAUCAACUGCUAUAUGGUUAGAGGGACUUCAAAAACGUAGAGUCAGGGAGGAAAGGGGUAGGAUUAACUCUUGGACCAAGCUCAAGAAACACAUGAAAAGGAAAUAUGUCCCUACCUCAUACAAACAACAGCAGUACAUCCAACUAAAUGCCAUGAAACAGGGAACAAAAUCUGUGGAUGAGUAUAGAAAUGAGUGGGAAAGGUUGUAUGUGCUUUGUGACCCCCAUGAAACUGAAGAGAUGAGAGUGGGAAGGUUCAUAGCUGGGCUGAGGGAGGAAAUCAGGGAUAGGCUUAUGACUACAUCUGACCUCACAGUGCAUAUAGCCAGUUUGCAGGCUGUGGAGAUUGAGAGACAAAUCAAUAGGGCAGCCCACUCCCAAACCAGAGGCACAAGGACCUACACCCCUAGGAAUACGAGCACCAUCCCUGCACCUAAGAGAGACACUUCCAGAAGUGGGAUAAAGGUUAACACCACUAGAGGGGACCCCACUACCAACCCUAAGGAUGUGGUCUGUUUCAAAUGUAAUGGGAGGGGCCAUUACAAAAGAGACUGCCCUAAUGCAAGAGCCUUCACCAUGAGGGAAUGGAAUGAAAUCAGACAGGACACAAGACCAAAGAAAAUCUUAGUAGCCAAAAAUGGGCAGGAAGAGGAGAUGUACCCCCCAAAUUUGAGUGAUGAUGAUGGCACCUAUAUAAGGGAUGAUGAGGGAAACUUACAGAGGUUUGAGGGGGACACUGAAGAGGAUGAAGAUGAGGAGCUGGAGAGAGUGUUGCUUGAGGAGGAGCACCUGAGUCUGGUCAUUAGAAGGAGCUUUCACACCACACCCUUAGCCAAGAGAUCAGACCAGAGGGAAAAUAUAUUCCAAACCAAGUGCAAGAUACAGGGGAAAGUGUGUGAUCUUAUUAUUGACAGUGGGAGUGAGUCCAACUGUGUGAGCAGGCAAUUAGUGACCGAGCUGAAUCUGGAUACCAAGCCUCACCCUCACCCUUAUAAGAUGAAGUGGCUUGACAACAAAGCAAGUGGGUCAGUAAGCAAGCAGUGCUUAGUGAGCUUAACCUUAGGGACUUAUGUUGAUGAAGUGAUAUGUGAUGUCUUAGACAUGGAUGCUUGCCAUUUAUUGCUUGGGAGACCUUGGCAAUAUGACAAAAAGACUACCCACAAUGGCUACACCAACACUUACACCCUCAAACAUAAUGGGAAAAAGAAGGAGUUGAUUCCCCUGCCCCCACACAGGGCUGUUCCCCCUAAACCAGUUAAGGCACCUAUACAUCUGAUGACUAGAAGGGAAUGUGAGAAGGAGAUUGAAAGCAGAGAGGAGCUAUACUUGUUGAUCAUGAAAGAAAUACAAAAUCAGCCCUCUAUACCCCCUGAGCUACAGAGUCUGCUUGAACAAUUUAAGGAUGUUUUUCCAAGUGACUUACCACCUGGCCUUCCCCCUGUGAGAGGCAUAGAGCACCAGAUUGACCUUAUUCCAGGAGCUAGCCUACCUAAUAAGCCUGCCUACAGAUCCAACCCCAAGGAGACUGAGGAAUUACAAAGACAGGUCAAUGAGCUAAUACAAAGAGGUUAUGUUAGGGAGAGUUUAAGCCCAUGUGCUGUACCUACCCUGUUAGUGCCAAAGAAAGAUGGCACAUGGAGAAUGUGCAUUGAUAGCCGUAGCAUGAACAACAUAACCAUCAAGUAUAGGUUCCCUAUUCCAAGGAUUGAUGACAUUAUAGAUGAAUUGGGAGGCUCAGAAUGGUUUAGCAAGGUAGACCUAAGAAGUGGGUACCAUCAGAUUAGAAUGAAAACAGGGGAUGAGUGGAAAACUGCUUUCAAAAACCAAGUAUGGGCUUUAUGA